AAAUUCAGUUACUAAUUCACGAUAGGAAUGGCAUCAGACUUACCGGAUUCCAAAACGACACACAGUUAAGAUUGUCAGGGUGGUAGGACGGAAAAUACCACGAACCUCCUUAUUGGCUAACCCUGGUUUGAAAUUUGUACCCUCCAGCUUGAGUGUUGAUUUCAGAACAAUUUAAGGAUUGGCAAAUCGCUUGUAAAGAUUUAAAUCAACCGACAAUGUGCAUUGUCUUCAUGUACUUUUGUGACGACCCAAGCCCUGAUGGAUACCGUCUGAUUGUUGCAUCAAACAGAGAUGAGGUUUAUUCCAGACCUACAGCCCAAGCAAAGUUUUGGGACGAAUAUCCUGAUAUCAUUGCAGGAAUGGACAUGAAGUCAGGAAGAGAAGGUGGAACGUGGAUUGGGAUGAAAAGUGAUGGCAAAUUUGCUGCUACUACGUUUUACAGACAGUCGAAAAAGUUCACUACCUCUAAAGCAAAAGGGAGAGGCCAUCUUGUUUCAGACUUUCUGAAGGGUGACGAUGACGUUGAGAAUCACCUCAAGAAAGUAAGUAACGAAGGAGACCUCUACAAUGGAUUCAAUCUUUUGGUGGGUGAAUUGUCACCAAAUGGUGAGACCAAGGUGGGAUGGUACUGUAACAUUGAAGAUAAACAAGUCACAAUGUUGAAACCUGGGAUUCACGUUUUAUCGAACAAAACGUUGAACUGUUCUUGGCCCAAGAUGGGUUAUGGGAAAAAAAGAUUCGCCAGAAUAAUAGAAGAAACUUCAACUAAAGAAGAUCUUGUUGACGAGCUGCUCUGGCUGCUGAAGGCCCGACAGAGAUCUUUUAGUGCAAGUUGCGGUGAUCACAACAACUUCAUUGCGGCUCAAGAUGAAGGGUUCGAUGAAGCUCUUAUUGAAGCGUCACGGGCAGUUUUUGUCAGGCAUCAAGUUAUGAAUUUUGGAACAAGAACCAACACAGUGAUGUUAGUUGAUGCCAAUGGACACGCUACGUAUGUUGAGAGAACCAUGGACGAGAUUGCCUCUGACCCUGAUGAAGCAGAGUGGACAGUGAACUCCUAUGAGUUUGAAAUGUUCCAGAAGACUGGUAUCUGCACUGCGCACGAAAAAUCAAAAGAAAAACCUAAAAGAAGGAAGAAAGGCAUUUGGAAUAUAGAAGGGAUCCUGGAGAAAUCCUAGCUUGCAAAUAAACUGACGUUAUAAUAAAUCCGACAAUUGUUUACUCACCCAAAAAGCAUCAAGCUACAACAAUAUACGCGUGUUUGCUCAAUGAGGAAACACUUGUUAAUAGGUAAAGGCAUUUACAAGUUUUGAUGGCCAAAGAUAAACGCGAUGCGGAUUUGUUAGUUCAAUUACAUAAGCCGUGUUUUAAUUUUAUCUCGAACUGCGGUUCCCGAGAGUUAUUAGCGAAACCAAAGACUGCGAGGAGCACUACGAGAAUAACCAAAUCAUUAAAAUCACGAUUUCAACCGAAAUUUGUCGUACCGCUGAUAAAAAAUGCUGAGUAAGCUUCGCUAGACAACAAAACAUCCAGAGCCAUAAACAAUAUUUAUUUUUUCAUACCAUUAACAAGAUAAAAACUGAACCUAUACUUUGAUUCGCAAAACCAUUUCUGAAUAUUUAGAAAUCGACGAAAAUAAUGUUAAAAAUAGAUAUUCAUGUGAAGAAGCUAUGAACAGGCCAGUUGAAUCAAAUAAAUAUUGCAGUGAUAUAGUUCUCAAGUACUGAGAAAAAUAAUGUAGAUUUCAGUGGUCUGGUUACCUGUUAGUUUCCUUUUCCAGAACUGAGACACGCACAAAGUAACGAACCAGUCCACCAUGUAUACGCUGUAAACACGUCAUUACUUAACAGUAAAAUUAUAUGUGCAUUCAAUUCUCUUUACUUUGAGAUAUAUAUCCAGUAUAAAACCUUUUUUAGACUUUCCACAGCCUCCCUUUCUGGUAUCAAGCUUAUGAAAGGCAAAGGCACACAAAAACUACACGCAUGAUGGGAGAAGCCUGAGAUUUAGAUAAAGGGAAAAAAAUCGCAGCCACCACACUCUGCCCCGCGGAAAAUGUAACAAAACAGAGGGCUGUCAACUUCCGACUUACAUUUGUGUACAUGGUGGUUGUGUAUGAAUCUAUAAUUUAUAAUAAAUCUUAGCUACAUUUAUUCAAA